ACUGUAAAGGGUCUGCUCCCCGUUGAUCUGUGACGAGGAAAGCUCCCGGCAACCCCAAAGCGAGCCGCCGCCACACUUCCUCAGAAACAACGAUAAUAAAUUCACUUUAACACCAAACGCCCGCGUCCGAGGAAGGACCCGGAGCUGCCCGACCCGGAGGAGGGGCUGGGAAGGGCCUGUCCGCUCCGCACCGAGCGGGUAAAAAAUGGCAUUUCAGAAGGCAGUGAAAGGAACUGCUCUCAUUGGAGGAGGUGCCAUAGCAACAGUUUUUGGCCUCUCUCAAUUUUCUCAGUAUAGAAACAAACACGGUACCCUUGUGCAUGUUCAGGCUGCAGAAGCUGUGCCUGUUCCAAUGAAGAGCCAUUUCCCCACCAGAGAGCAACAGAUCUUGGCACUGCAAACCACAAGUGAAUUUGAUGUCCUUGUUAUAGGUGGAGGAGCAACAGGAUGUGGCUGUGCUUUAGAUGCAGUCACUAGAGGACUAAAAACAGCCCUUCUAGAAAGAUAUGAUUUCUCAUCGGGGACCAGCAGCAGGAGUACUAAAUUGAUCCAUGGUGGAGUGAGAUAUCUUCAGAAGGCCAUCAUGAAGUUGGAUUUUGAGCAGUACAGGAUGGUGAAAGAAGCACUUGAGGAACGUGCAAAUCUGCUUGAGAUUGCUCCUCACCUCUCAGCUCCUUUGCCGAUAAUGCUCCCUGUUUACAAGUGGUGGCAGUUGCCAUACUACUGGAUAGGAAUAAAACUGUAUGACCUGGUGGCUGGGAGUCAGUGCCUGAAAAGCAGUUAUGUCCUCAACAAGUCAAGAGCCUUGGAGCUCUUCCCCAUGCUCCGCAAAGACAAGCUGGUUGGAGCUAUUGUCUACUAUGAUGGACAGCACAACGACGCUCGGAUGAACCUCGCCAUCGCCCUGACUGCUGCCAGGUACGGCGCUGCCAUGGCCAAUUACGCUGAGGUGCUGCACUUGCUGAAGAGGAGGGACCCGGCCGGCGGGAAGGAGCGGGUGUGCGGCGUGCGCUGCAGGGACGUCCUCACAGGGCAGGAAUUUGAUGUCAAAGCCAAAUGUGUUAUCAAUGCUACGGGACCUUUCACAGACUCAGUGCGCAAAAUGGAUGAUCAGAAGGUACCAAACAUCUGUCAGCCCAGCGCCGGCGUGCACAUCGUGAUGCCUGGCUAUUACAGCCCUGGCAAUAUGGGGCUGCUUGACCCAGCCACCAGCGAUGGCCGAGUGAUUUUCUUCCUGCCCUGGGAGAAGAUGACCAUUGCAGGGACCACCGACAGCCCCACGGAUGUUACUUCCCACCCCAUUCCCACAGAGGAAGAUAUAAACUUCAUUCUGAGCGAAGUGCGCAACUACCUGAGCGCUGAUGUUGAAGUGAGAAGAGGAGAUGUGCUGGCAGCAUGGAGUGGCAUUCGUCCCCUGGUCACAGACCCCAGCUCCAAAGACACGCAGUCCAUAUCCCGGAAUCACGUCGUCAGCAUCAGCGAGAGCGGCCUUGUCACCAUAGCAGGUGGGAAGUGGACAACCUACCGUGCCAUGGCACAGGACACCAUUGAUGCAGCUAUUCAGGCACAUGAUCUGAAGGCAGGUUCCAGUAAGACCAUUGGGCUGCAGCUACAAGGGGCUGAGAACUGGAGUCCCACUCUCUACAUUAGAUUGGUCCAAGACUAUGGGCUUGAAAGUGAGGUGGCUCAGCAUUUGGCUUCAACGUACGGUGGCAAGGCUUUUGAGGUGGCCAAAAUAGCCCAGGUCACAGGGAAGAGAUGGCCAGUUGUUGGGAAACGUCUUGUAUCUGAAUUUCCUUACAUUGAAGCUGAGGUUGUCUAUGGUGUUAAGGAGUAUGCCCGCACAGCAGUGGAUAUGAUUUCCCGACGCACUCGCUUGGCCUUUCUGAAUGUGCAGGCUGCAGAGGAAGCUCUGCCAAGAAUCGUGGAUAUAAUGGGGAGGGAACUUAACUGGAGUGAGCAGAAAAAAAAGGAAGAACUUGAAGCUGCUAAAAAAUUUCUCUAUUAUGAAAUGGGCUACAAAGUAAAAUCUGAUCAAUUAACAGACAGGUCUGAAAUCAGUCUAGGGCCCUCAGAUAUUGAAAGGUACAAGAAGAGAUUCCACAUGUUUGACAAGGACAAGAAAGGGUUUAUUACUAUACUGGAUGUGCAGCGUGUCUUGGAGAGCAUCAGUAUGCAAAUUGCUGAAAAUACACUUCAUGAUAUUCUAAGUGAAGUGGAUCUGAACAAAAACGGGCAGGUCGAGCUCAAUGAGUUUUUGCAGCUGAUGAGUGCCAUCCAGAAGGGCCACGUCUCGGGCAGCCGUCUGGCCGUGCUGAUGAAGACAGCGGAGGAGAGCCUGCGGCGGCGGGGGGUCAUCCCGGUGGACCGCAGUGGGGGGGGGGCUCUGAGGGAGGACACAGACACACAGCCCCUGCCUGCCCCCUCCUCUCUGCUGACAACAUUCCAGUGCUCCCGAGUGUCCUUGCUUGCCCCAGGUGACCGGUGUCUGUCUGUCCCUCUGGCUCUCUCAGAAAUACACUGCUGUGUUUGCACCCACGACUUACGGCUUUCUGUGUGGCUCUGACUGCCCCAGGACCUGGCCUUCGGGCUGGGUGUCCCUUGGGCAGAGGAGCUGAUUAACAAGAGUUCAGGCAUACACUCCAGAAAGAUUCAGGUGCAGACACAAGCACACGUGCACAGGUUGCCUUGUUCACUAACUUCCACAUCACCUUUACCUUUAAAAAGAAGUGAAUCCUGCCUUGAAAUGCGUGGCGUUGAGUUUUGCAAGUACCUGUUGAGUAUUUACAAGCAGCUGCUCUGUCCUCUUCCACACAAGCAAGAAGGGGAAGGCCGAUGUGCUGGGCUGGAGAUAGAAUCACAGGAGGAGCCAAGCUGGGACUGCUGAGGUGGCAGUGGUGGUGAAGAACCAUGGUGAGCCUUCCUUCUGCAGGCUGCUGGCUUUGCUCCUUCCAGUGCUCUUCCUGCAGUGGUACCAAUCCUUGGCCAGGCAAAAUCAUCAGCAGUACAAAGCUGGAAAACUACAAGACAUCUUGAUUAAUCACCCAGGCUAAUAAUUGAGUUAAAAGCUAGGAGACAGCUUUCCUGUCCCCCAUAUUAAUAAAAAUAAGCUUCCUUUAAUAAAUAGCAGUGUCUAGCAGGUGGUGUUUGAGGCUGUAGAGUGCUUCAUGCUGUUUCCAGCUUUGGUCAAGCACUGUGGAGGAUGGCAGGUUUUGAUACCAUAACAGUCUUAAUUGUUUAUUUAAAAUGCUCAGACACAAAGUGAAACAAUGAAAUCUGUUUUGCAUUCCACUAACUUUUCUAUAACAGUGAAAGGGCUAUUUUUCAGCAGAUUAAUUAAAAAAAAAAAAAAAAAAAAAAAGGACCACUCAAUUGAGCACUUUUCAGUGGUGUUAUAUCUGGCUCUUUGCCCUUCUGCUGUUGGAUAGACUGGGUUCCAGAUCAGAUGGAGGAGCUCUGCCUGAUGCAGAGCAAGGAAGGGAAAAACAGAAGAAUGGUUUGCUGAUGAAUUUGUCAUUCUGUCCUCUUGUUCAAGUAGAAAUAACAGUUUACAGCCCAAAACGAGCCUCAGUUUCAAGGUGUCAGAAUUUCUACCUGUGCAAAAUCUGAUGUCACCACUGUCCCUAAAGGACAACAGAAGCACAGGAAUGAACAGCAAAGGUUAUGUGGGUAUUUUAAAAGGGAGACUGAUAACAUCCACAGAAGGGAGAUGCUGAGGAGCACUAGGAUGUGGGGUGGCAGGUACAGAUGAUGUGUUUGGCUGGAGAGGAGAGGCCUUUAAAAAAAAUUAUUUAAAUUAUCUGUUUAAGAACACUAGGUACAAAACCCAAAAAAAAGCAAGUCUCAUUUAAUAUUGGGUAAAGGGAUAUAUUUCUGUCAGUCCAGACAAUGGAUGAAAUCUGGUGGGAAGGAGACAGUCUGGGGUAAAAUGCCUUUCAAAUAGUUUUUGCAUGUUAAUUUUUAUUUAAAUUGCUGCCUUGUACCAAAAUGCAGAUAUUGUGAAGGGGUUGUGGCUUUCUUGCUUUGAGUUCUGUGCUGGUGAGGCACACUCAGUGUGAACAAGGACUGAGCAUGUUUGACAAUGACAGGAUUUGUGUUAUGAACAAAGAAAGGGGUUUGUUCCUGUGCUCCUGUAAACUUUUAUUUUCUAAAAUUCUGUUCCAAUGUGUUCAGGUAAAGUAUGUCAUGUUUGACACAGCUUCAGGCUGUCAAAACUGUUUUCAGAUAAAAGCACAGUAAGAGUUGCACACUGCAGGACUGGAGUGGGAUGCAUGGACAGUACACAGGUUAUUUUGGUUCAGUGAGCACAAAGGGGGUUAGGAUUCUGCUAUUAACAGUAAUUUUUAAAAAAUUUUAAAAAUAAAAGGUAAUGAGACCUUUUCCAGGCCACAUAAAUAUUUACAAUAUUUAACAUCUUUUGUAUGGUUUAAAGAAAAAUUCUCCUCCACUCCUCUAUUAAAGGCACUGUUAAGAAUUAAUAAUACAAGCGAGUUUACCUGUAAAGCCAGAAUUUUCUGCUUUGUACCCAAAAUCUGCUCUUUGUUCUCUUGUUCUAGUAAUCCUGCAUACAGAAAUUGACUGUGACUGUGACUUUGGGAUUUUCUUGGCUCUCUGUGUGUCCUCCAAUACGGAUUUGCUUUGCAUCUUAGGCACUUUACUGUCAUGCUUCUCUGCUCUUUUGUGUGGCACAGCAAGAUCUCGUACGCCUACCUUGUGUACCCAGAGACAAUUGCAUGUGUUACUUAAAACAGCUGAACCUAAAUGUGGAAAAAAAUCUAGAAGUAUUUAUUUAUCACCUCACAUUUGUUUUCAGGAAUGCUGGUUUGGGUUUUGUUUUGUUUGUAAUGUGAAUGUAGGAAGAGUUGUACAAUGUCUCUGCCAUGCAUUGUUCUGAUCCGGGGUGGAUGAACAGCAAUGUGAUUUUUGUGUUUGGUUUUGUUUUUGGUUUUUUUUUGAGGUAGAAGUUGGAUUCCUGGGUGGGGGGUUUUGUUUUCUGUUUUAAAUAAACUGCCUGCCUGGGGAGGGGGGAUGCUUCUCCAUGCAGUGUGUUUCUGUGUGUGUAUGGAUAGGUAUGUCUGUGUGUACACACACACGUACCCACUGCAUGUGUGACAUGUGGCACUUGGGUAUUCCCUGCAGCUGCCGUUCCAAACCGAACCCUUAAAUGCUGUGUUUGAGGCUGGGUUGUCAUUUUUAUAACUGUCUUGGUGUUUUACUGCCAUUAUUUAUUACUUUUGAUAUACAGAAUGAGCCGCAUGCAUUUAUAGAGCAAUAAGAGGAUGUAUUUAAUGUGCCUUGUUUUUAACUGAGUAAGAGCUGAAAGCAUGAAUCAAUAAAACUGAUUAAAAAUGGU